AUGACCUGUGCUGAAUAUAGGGUGCUAUUCGUCGUAGCAGCGGUCUUGGCUGUGGUAUCAGUCGUACUUUGGGGAUGCGACCUGCCGGCCGAUACCGGCACGUGCACUGAGGAUAUCGGACAUGACAGGUUUAUAUCUAUCAAGAGGCAGAAUGAUGAUCCUGAUCACGGGCCCUUUGAGCUGGACUCCUUCUCAUGUGGCCAGGGGAAAGCGUUCACUCGGGCGUAUCUCUCCCGUUCACAAGACCUGAUCCAGCUGUUCACGCCACCGGAAGCUGCGAACAUGGUCAACUGCAAGGAUAUACUGGAUGCCGCUCUGGCGCACGCUGAGGAUGUCCGUCGCAGGAAACAGAAGAAGUUCUGGUUUGAUGGUUCUAAGAAGGCUACGUGGGAAGGGGUAUUGGACACAUUGUGUAUAACAGCUGAAGGCACUGAUGACACUGCUGGUGUUGUUACCAUUCCUCCGUCUACUCCAACGCCUAUGGGGGGACCUGUUUUGAAUCCUGGCGUGAUGCCUUAUUCGAGUACGGAGGAGUUGACGAGAAAGACGGACGCGAUUGGGAAUGGGAAGAGGCAGCAGAGAUCCCUCCGUAGGCAGUAG